AUGAGUUCCGCCGGUAACAGCAACAGUGGUUCAAGUAUUACCAGACAACAAUCAAAGAAAAUACCAAAGAGCGCCCUGAAUAGUCAUACCAACAGAAGAGGUACCUCCACAAUAAGAAGUACGCUAGCACAAUUACUAUCAGGUCCCAGUGAGAACGAGUCCCAGCCUCCUAACUUAAGGAGAUACAAGAGUAUAGAUUACGGAACAACUAAAUUACAGCGUCAUUCAACUAACGUAUCACUGCCCGCAGAGCAUCCUCACGCUGAUACUUCAUUGAGGCGACACAGUACUACGCCAAUUAUGCACAAUGAGGCUAAUACGAAUAACUCUAGUCAUCUCAGUGAUGAGCCUCCCACUGAAGAAAAUGCCUUUGACAGCGAGGAAUUCUUGGGGCAAUAUUUGAAAGAUAGAGGUUUCUUGGAUCCAAAGACUUUAUCUCAUGACAAACAGAAUGGGAAUAAGAUUAUGGUUGCAACGACAGGUGACAGUAUCUUUCUACCAACUUCAUCAUUGAAUGAUGAUGAAUAUUUGAUGAGAUUGAAUGGGUUAACCGAGGGGGAUAAUAAUCUCGAAACCGAUCUCCUGAAUGAUGAUAAUGACGAAGGUUCAAACAGUAAUAAUAAUAAUAAUAAUACUACUACUACUACUAAUAAUAAUAAUAAUAAUAAUAAUAACAAUAAUAACAACAGCACAGCUCGAAGAAGCCUCGAAACACAUAUUGAUAGUUCCAUUCGUUCCUCUGCACUGGAUAUAGCGACACAAGAUGAAACGAAUGAUGAGUCAUUUGAAGUUGAUAAUAAUACAAUGGUUCCCUAUACCGUUGCAGUCAUUCUAUCAUUACAACAGACAACUACUUUCUCUGAAAUUAAAGUUGAAUUAAGUUCAAAAGUUAGAGUCUUUUGGAGUAAUGGUGUCCCUCCAACCAAAGAUUUCACAGAAGAAUUUUAUAAUGCAGGUUCGAUGUCCUGGUCAUUAAAUAGUGAAAAUUAUAAUCUUUAUAUUCCAUCGAAUGUCAAUGUGACUGACAGGCAUAUCAUAGAAAAUAAUAGAAAUAACAUAGAAGGAAGAUUAUUUAAGAAUUUACCAGUUGAAGAGAGAGAGUACAUAGAUAAUACUAAAACGAAAGAACUUCUCUUCAAUAAAAUCAAUAAGAGUGAAUCAAACAGUAUGAAACCGGGUGUUUAUAUUUUUAUCAUCCCCAUAAUUUUUCCAAACGCAAUUCCUGAAUCCAUUUAUUUUCCCUCUGCCAGAGUGAUUUAUAAAUUGAAAAUAGGUACUAUUAUUGCAGGAAAUAACAAUAAUCAAUUUGAGAAUAACGAAAAGAAUCUCUCGACAAGUUCUUUGGUUAAGACAGAAGCGGAAGACUCUCUAUCUGAUAAGAGUCAUAUCAGAAGAUUAAGUUUAACUGAUGAACUAGGUAAUAAAUCCUUUCUGAAAAAGGUUACGAAGCAUUUACACCUUUCGCCAACUAAGAACAAUGAUGUGACAGAUUUAUCAAAAUUAAAACCACAUAAUAUGAUCUUCCUAGAACAUCCAAUCAACAUUGUUCGAACACCGCCUCCUAUUUCAAUAUCGACUGCAAAUAAACCAAUUUAUAUUAAUAGAGUUUGGACAGAUGCAUUAUCUUACGAAAUAUCAUUUGCACAAAAGUACGUUUCUCUGAAUAACUACGUUCCCAUCAAGAUUAAGCUAGCUCCCUUAAUGAAGAACAUAUGUAUCAAGAGAGUUAGGGUAAGCAUUACUGAAAAGGUGACUUUAGUGAGUAAAAAUUAUGAAUACGAAUAUGAAGAGAUUGAUUUUGUUUCCAAGGAUCCAUAUAAUCCUUACUACUUGGAAUUUAAUGCAAAGAAACGUAAAGAACGUUGCUUGAACUUAUUAGAAAUAAGAACCAAAGAGAAAGGUUCCAAGGCAUUGAAAGAAAUCAUUGUUGGCAAUACGAAUAAUGAUAAUUUAAUUUCCUAUAGUUUAGCUAGUGAAGAAAGGGAUUCUAUUGAUAUAACAGAACCUGUAACAUUUGAGACAAGUUUAUUCUUUCCCAAAUAUGAGGAAUUGGAUAGGAAAGCAGCCAAAAUGGUGCCACCUUAUGGUAUUGAUUUUUAUACAUCGAUAACAAAUCCUUCAGCUUUAUCCACUUUAAAUGCCGUCAAUGAUAAAUCGACACAACGUCGUAAAUCCGGGGUAAUUGGGUUAUUAUCUAAUGGAAUAAAUUCUGUUAAAAAUGGAUAUUCUGAGAGCGGUAGAAGAAAUUCUAACGUACCACAUUAUCCACCUGGUGUUAAAGAGACCAAAAUUAAGACUAAUUCAGGUAUACCUGUGAAAUUUUUCACAAAAUUAAAGAAUGCAAGAAGAGGACUCUAUUUUGACAGUCUUCAUUUUAGUAACAUUCACGCGAGCCAUAAGCUGGAAAUAAUGUUAAGGAUAAGUAAGCCGGAUUCAGAGGGGUCGUCAAAAUUAAGACAUUAUGAAGUAUUGAUUGACACGCCGAUUUUCCUGGUUUCUGAAUUAUGUAAUAGUGGUAAUAUGGAAUUACCAACGUACAAUAUGGCAAUCAACAGUACAACUAGUACAAAUCCACAUCAUGGGCAAAUUGAUAUGAUGACACCACCGCCCACUUUUGAGGAGGCCAUGUCAGUUCCUGCGUCGCCUAUUGGGUCGCCCACCUUAGUAGCGUCAUAUGAUCCGGAUUCAUUGUCGAUACAACAACUAAAUUUAUCGAGAGCUACCUCUGUCAGUGCAACGAUGUAUUCUGAUUUACCAGAAGUGGCAAAUGGAAUAAGAAAUUCGGUGACGUCGACUAUGAGGACCCAAGUCGAAGAGGAUGAACCUGGUGAACCAAGAAAUAACGCAUUGUACAAUAAUUUGGAUAGAGUAUUAUCUGAACAUGAACCGUCGCAUGGACUAUUUAAGAAAGGAUAUUCGUUGAAUCCCAGUAGAGAAGAAGGAGAAGAAGGAGAAAGUGACGAUGUUUCUUCAGAACCGCCUGCAUACAAUACAAUAUCAAAUUAG